UAUUAAUCAAUCCGCACGUUGCAAUCAAAAUCUCCAAUUAUAUUCAUCUUCUCUCUGCCUAAAGUUUUUUUUUUUCCGAAGCGAGAAACAAUGGCCCGUACCAAGCAGACUGCCCGUAAAUCCACCGGCGGAAAAGCCCCAAGGAAGCAGCUUGCUACAAAGGCUGCAAGGAAAUCAGCCCCAACCACCGGCGGUGUGAAGAAGCCCCACCGUUACCGUCCCGGAACCGUCGCUCUUCGUGAAAUCAGGAAAUACCAGAAGAGCACCGAGCUUCUCAUCCGCAAGCUGCCGUUCCAGCGUCUGGUUCGUGAAAUUGCACAGGAUUUCAAGACCGAUUUGCGUUUCCAGAGCCACGCCGUGCUCGCCCUUCAAGAGGCGGCGGAAGCUUACCUCGUCGGUCUGUUUGAAGACACGAAUCUGUGCGCAAUUCACGCUAAGAGGGUUACAAUCAUGCCUAAAGAUAUUCAAUUGGCUAGGCGCAUUCGCGGCGAACGUGCUUAAGUGUUUUAGUUAGGGUUUCUGUUUUAUGUUUUUAUUUUUUUAAUUUUUAUUUUGCUCUGAGGGUAGAGCUUGAAGCCACUGUUUGAAUUUUUGUUUCUCUGUAAAUUUACAGACAGAUUAUCAAUGGAUUAAUUGUUAUAAUCAAGUUUUGUUUU